AUGGACAGAAUGCAGUCCCAUGGAGCCACCAAGAAGCCUCGGAGUAAUCGGCCAAGCGAGCCUAAACAGUCUACGGGCAAAAACAGCGUAGAUAAGAAAGAGGUAAAUUUGAACCUUUCAUCAGCCACACUUGAGCAGAUAAACACAUUUAAUGAACAAAGGAAGAAGGAUAAACUAGCCAAUGAGUUAACUCGUAUACAGCUCCGUCGGCAACAAGUUCGCCUGGCGCAACGAGCUUACCGGGCACGAAACGAAGCACAAACCAGAGCGCUCCAACAGCGUGUCGCCCGGCUAGAGUCUGCUCUAGAACGAACAAGCCAGGCAAUGAUCUCAUUUACGGAUGUUCUUGUUGGGACUCAAGUCCUUCCGUCGCAUCAGCAGCUUGCACAUCGCCUUCGUGACACCGUCAAAACAUGCCUCAACUUGGCGAUGUAUGGGGAAGAUUGUGCGACAGAUGCUCAGUAUUCAAGAACGCCCGAACCAUCGCCAAUCGCUGAUAUAACAACAGACUCAGAAGCACGUACAGAGCGUGAACAUAAUGAGCAGCCUUUAUCGAAUGAGUACGCUGGUUUGGGUAUGCUUUCUUAUAGCCCACUUCUUCCAUUCGUAUCAGGCAGCUCGACGGUGAUAGAAGUACCAACCUUCGUCAAUCGUCUGAGAAUAACAUGUCUUUACCAAGGAUUUCUUUUACUCAAUAACCCCACAGUACCCCUCGAGGCCUUAAAGCGGCCAUUUCGACUACUUCUAUCACUCGUGACACGAGAAACCAUCACAUCGUACUUUCACGCCUGUCUAUAUGCAAGAUUGAACAAUAAGCAACCAGAUCGCUACAGCUGUAUACCAUGCUUCAAGUUGGGUGGGGCUGGUACUCAUUACCCUGAAGCUGGAUUUGAACAAGAGGUUUCCCCUAUGAUCUAUAAUGCUUUAUCGGCUUUCUCGCCGGAAGCACAGAAAGAUCUUGACGGAGAAUGGUUCGAUGUAUUUGACCUAUUGGGCUAUUUACGAGCACGAAAGGUUGCCCUGUAUAUGGUACCACCGGUCAAGGAUAGUACAUAUCGCACAGUAAAUGCGAUUAAUUUCAUGGCAGGUGAGACUUUCUUUUUCCGGUGA